AGAUGUAACACACGAGGCAGCAUCGGCCGAUCCUGGCGUACACCUUGGAUCGUAGCGCUGGAACGGACGCGUCCGCCGCACGAGAGAGAGAGAGAGAGAGAGAGAGAGAGAGAGAGAGAGAGAGAGAGAGAAGCGCGUGUAAGAAGUGCGUGACAAGCGGCGCCGCACAGUCCAGGAUACGAAGGAUCCGCAGCAGCACAAACUCGCGGAGGAGCUUCACGGACGCUUUUCGACGCAAGCAUGGCCAAGCACCUCGCGACGUUACUGUGGAUGUCGGCGGCGUUGGCCGCCGUGAGCCUGGCGCUGCCGACCAGCGACAAGAACGGAAGUGAGAAUGAUCUCAUGGCGACCAUCUACGCCGACUGCCUGAAGAAGGAGUCUGUCAGCUGUAUCAAAUACAAAGUAUUCACCUACGUGGACAAGAUGCUGGCCGACAAGGAGGACAUCACGCUCUCCGAGGGCAUCACCGUCGUCAAGACGUCCAACGCCGAGGAGGGUGCGCCAAGAUCCAUCGAGUCCAGCGAUUUGGACACGCUUCUGUUCGAUCGUCUCGGGAGGUUCCUGAGGACGCACUCGGUCAAAGUCGACCUGAAGGGCAGUGACAUCCUAGGCAUGAUCGAGUCCGCCGGCCGCAGCUUCGAGGACCUGAGCGACAACGCCGUCGAGAGUCGCGGCAAGAAGAAGAAGGCGCAGAAGAUCCUGGGGCCGUUGAUGAUGGCGAUGGCGCUGAAGGCGGCCGCGCUGCUGCCGCUGGCGCUAGGCGCGAUCGCGAUGAUCGCCGGCAAGGCGUUGCUCGUGGGCAAGAUCGCCCUCGUCAUCUCCGCCAUCAUCGGCCUGAAGAAGCUGCUCGGCUCGCACCAGAAGCACGUGACCUACGAGGUGGUGUCGCACCCGCACCACAGCAGCAGCCACGUCGUCAGCCACGACGACGGCCACGGCGGCGGCUACGGCGGCGGCGGCGGCGGCGGUGGCGGCGACUACGGCGGCUACUCCGGCAGCAGCGGACACGGCUGGGCCAGGAGUUUGCCACAGGACGCCCAUGAGAUCGCCUAUCGCGCCCACCAGCCGCAGGCGCAGGCCUGAUCGCGCGCGAUUAACCUGCGGAACCUCGCGUCUUGCGUUCCUCUCCCUCCACCGCCACGCUGCUCUCGUCGCUUCCUCUCGUCUCCCACGUCUCGUUUUCCAACAACCCUCUGGCUCGUCCUUCAUCCUCCGCCUUUCGUCUCGCUCGUGUCUGCUUCGCUCGUUUCUUCGCGCCUCUUUGUUAUCCUGAUCCUUCCAGCUCUCUUCCAUCUUCUCCUCCGUCCACGUCGCGCUGCAAUGUGCAAUAUUUAUUUCGUACCCUGUUUCUCUUUUUCUCUUUUUACAAUCGCUACUGUCUACCGGCAGCUGUCACUGCUGCCACUGCUGGACUUUCCGUUCUAGUUCUCGUUCCCUUCGACAGUCCUUCGACGACACAUGACUCUCUGAAAUCAUCGCGCGCGGAAGCUCCUCCUCGGGAGCCGCUACAUGUUUCUUUCUCCCCCUGUCUCUUGCUCUCUCUCUCUCUCUCUCUCUCCCCCCCCCCCUCUCUCUCUCUCUCUUUCUCUUUCCCUUUGCCUCUGCGCUUAUCUUCACAUCUCCUACGUCCUCUUCCGCCUGCCUCUGCCUCUCACACUUCCUUUUAUCCUACUUGCUCUAUCCUGCGCAACGGUCGGCUCAUCCUUACGGCCAGUCACCAGUACCUCUGGGAAAUGCUCAUUGUUUUAUACAUGUAUGUAGAUUUGCGCGAGUUCGUUAUUUAUUUUCUCGUUGUAUCUAUUAAUAUUUAUUUGACCGUUUGACGACUGUGUGCUUCCACUAUACGACACCCGACUGCGUGUGUCCUUCUCUUGUUUUUUUUUUUGAUAAUAAAAGGACGACAAACGAGAGACGCACCUCCGUCUUGUCCCCGAAAAAGAACGAAAGGUGAAAAA